AUGCUCGACGCAACCCCUGCUUACCCUCCCCUAUACCGGCGCCCCCUCCUGCAAGCAGAGCCCAUACCUCUGCCCUUCGACCCGGACGGCUGCAGUGGCAGGCACUCGAGGGGGGGCCCUCUUCCUCCCCCGCCCCCUCUUCUGCUUCUUAGCACAUGCCGCUCCCGCCUGGAAUCUCCGCCAGAACUGAAAGCGCGCGAUCCACCAUCACCUGUCAGGGUUGGCACUCUUUCCGCUGCUGCGUGCAGGCCGGCGUUUUGGCGGGCUCGCGACCCGCACACGUUGGACAAAAGGCUAGGAUCAGCAUCCUCUGCGUUCAUGAGGGCGCGCAUUCGGCUGCGUCGAGCUCCACGGCCAGGAAUGCCACUGGCGGCCUUAGCUUGCAGAGAGGCACGAGGCCUUCCCCCCUCUCUCCCUGUCUCCCCGUUCUCCCGCUCCACCGAUGCCGUCAACAGCGGUGGCGAAGGCAGCCGCGAGCAAGGCGGCGGCGGCGGCGGGUGGCCCAUCGAUCCUCGUCCGCCGUCCGUCCGUGCCCCUGCGCCUGCGCCUGCCGCUCUUGGUCCCCUCGCACGCGCAGGCCGUCGAUCUCAACCCCUCGCCCUGCCUGUUGAUCCGUCUUGCUGA